AUGGAGUCUGGAUGUUCGUUGAAGGUGUACAAUGCGAAGUACUGGGAAACUUACAAUGAGAUCCUCGACUGCCCUACCAAUCUGGCAAUCACCCAGUACAAGCGAGGUCUCCCAAUCGGACAUAGACUGCGAGAUUCGCUCACGAUGCAUCAGCCCGCGACUAUGGAGUCCUUGAUGCAGCGGAUCAAUGAGCACAUCCGUGUGGAGGAGGAUGCCGCCACUGUGACCGAGAAGACUAAUCCGGUCACGGCGAACAGAAGGGUGGCAGUGAAAGUUCACUCGGUUGGGCAGGAGGAUAACCGCCCAAACAACCGGUCAAAAGAUCAGCGCCAUGGUUCAAACCGUGAUGACAGAAACAAGGGCCGCCGAAACGACCGGGCUGACACUCCUCGCGACGCUGCUGAAGAUGCCAAGAGAAAAUUGAAGGUGCGAACAGGAAUCACCACGGUCUUCAAAAUUCCCAUAUACCGCAUUUUGAGCGAGAUCCGAGGUGAGCCUUUUGUCCGCUGGCCGGCCAAGUUAGGGAGUGCGCAGCGAGGCUUCAAUUCAAAAUAUCGCUGCACCUUUCAUGAAGAACGGGGGCACUGA